AUGUCUUAUUGCCUAGACGUGAUAGGCACAUUAUUGAUCCCUCGGGAAGUAUUUCUCCUCCAGCACAGGGUCUUUCGGGAAUAUGGAAAAGUCGCUGUUGGACCCGAUUUCGUUCACACUUUCCCAUCAUUCAUGGUUGUCGCAGCCCUCUUUGUCGUCACUCAGAGAGAACUGAAUGUGAAAUAUUUCAAAAUUUCAAAUAAAACACUGGAAAAAAUGCUUCAAAUUUUCGUCAACUGGAUUAUCAUCAAUGCUGGCCUCUGGUACUGGCUGGUCUUCCAGAGGAUACUUUACUGCUGCAUAUGGUCGUACUGGAGUCACGAAAUUGAAUUCCAUCAUUCUCACGUCCUUUGGUGGCAACGGGUCUGGCAAUCCCUCUAUCCACCACCCGCAUCGCCGUCUCCCAUUUCUGCCAGCUUCGUCAGCUGGAUUCUAUCCAUGAUUAUUAGUGGAGUAAUUCUGCACUGCUCCUUGCAUGUUCAGAAUUUAACAGGAAAAUGUCUAAAUGCCAUUUCGCUAUUAAUAGCGCAGUUGAAAAUUGAAGCAAAAUAUCUGCCGAGAAAUAGGUAUUGUGGAAGCUAA